UAAUGGGUUUGGCGAGCAUUUGAAAAGCAGAGGCCACGGGUGAAGCUGACUUGUGACCCCAUUUCAAAUUCUGGCAAAAAGGGGUGUUAGAAAAAUGAACAAAACAGAUGGUAAAGAGAUUAUACCAAUUAAAAAGGAUGAAAAAGCAAAUGAAAGCUGUCCAUCUCUUGCCUCCUUUCUUUUAAAACCAUCCAUCUCUCGAGAGACUCAUUAACCGUUUACGCUUCAUCAACCUCAAGAUCUAAAAGAAAGAACCGGCAAGAAGAAGAAAGUGAUCCAGUGGUUGGCUUAGUAGAAAGAUGAAAGCGAGGGAAGCCAACAAAGGAGCUCCAUCAGCAGAUCUGUUGGUGUGUUUUCCUUCUAGAGCCCAUCUUACCUUACUGCCCAAGCCCAUUUGCAGUCCUGCAAGACCAGUAGAGCCCAGCAAACGCCACCACAACCACAGCAACCGUCACCUCCGCCACCACCACCGCCUGAAGAAAUCUAGCACUAGAGGUGGUAGUGGUGGUCAAGCUAGCCCGCUGUUAUGGGCCAAAAACAAGCAAAUGGGCUCGGAGAUCUCAUCAGAACCAACUUCACCGAAGGUGACCUGUGCUGGGCAGAUCAAAGUCAGGCACAAAACCGUUGCAUGCAAGAGCUGGCAAUCAGUCAUGGAGGAAAUUGAAAGAAUUCACAACAACAGGAAACACAAGAAAAGAUCCUCUUGGAUGGAUUCUCUUGGAUUCAAGAAAGAUAUAAUGCAAUUCUUGACAUGUUUAAGAAACAUAAGAUUCGAUUUUCGAUGCUUCGGGUCCAUUCCUCAGUCAGAUAUCACUACCGAUGAAGAUGAAGAGGAUGAAGAAGAUGAAGAAUUUCGAGAAAAUCACGGUGGAUCUGGGGCAAGUGAUGGCAAUGAAGGUUCAAGUACCAUGUUUUCUAAAUGGUUCAUGGUGUUACAAGAGAAUCAAAACACCGAGUUUUGCAGAGAAAAGAGAAAAGACAAAGAGAAAGAGAAGCCCUGCAAUGAUGAGCCCAUUGCUACACCUUCCGUUCCUCCUCCCAACGCUCUGUUGCUCAUGCGGUGCCGUUCUGCUCCUGCAAAGAGCUGGCUAGAAGAGAAGGUAGAAGAACGGGAAGAAGAUGAAGAAGAAGUAGAAAACGACGAUGAAGAAGAAGAAGAAAAAGAAGAAGAAGAGGAUAGGAAAACAGAAGAGAAGAAAGGAAGGAGUUUAGAGGCAUUAAUGGAAGAAGAAAAAAGAAAUAUGAAGAAAGAGAGCUUGGUGGUUAUGAGAUACGACACCAAUUUCUACAAAAUCUCAUCUGAUAUAGCAAAAGAAACAUGGGUUGUUGGUGGAAUGAGAGAUCCAUUAUCAAGGAGUCGAAGCUGGAAGAGAUGAUGAGCCUCGUACGAAACUGUCUUUUCUCAUUUCAAAACGUAUAAUUGGAGUAAUUUUCAACUUUUUCUCCGUUCAACUAUUUCUUAUGCACCCUUUUCAAGAAUUUUUCUUCCUGGGUUCUUGUGUGGGAAUUGGGAAAUCCAAUCCUGAUCAGGAUUUAUAGCUUUCUUUUGUUGUUUCAUUCUUGAUAAGCUUUGAAGUUGAAUUACAUUUGUAAUUUUUGUAUAGCUCUUCUUUGCUUUUUCCAUGGAAAAGGAUUUUGCUGCCAUGUACAUCUUGUGUUGUACUUUCUCAUCUAAUUACCUUAAUUGAGAAUCUAAAUAUGAUCUUUAUAUAGCUAAUAUUAUCCAUAAUCUGCUUGUAUCAUGAAUUUUUGGAGUUUCAUGAUUCUUAGUUUAUCCAAUUGUGCUUCCACGUGUAUGCAUUCCUGAUUUCCUGACAGCUGCUACAUAAGUUAAAUUGUUAAUAUUGUUGAUUCAUGCGUGUCAAAAGUGAGGUUAUGCAACUGUUUCUGCUUUCCACUUGUUCCCAUGGCAGAGAAUUAUAAUCUUUAAAGUUCGAACAAAGUCCAGGAAUUAGCCUGCAGCUGCAGGAGCCGAAGAAUGUGCAUGGCCCUGCCUUAUCAACCAACAGUAGUAUUCACUAAAGCAUACACAAGCUUUUGAGUUUCAGCAAUGUUGGCCCACUAUACAGGAGAGGAGAUGGUGGUGAAACAGUGUUAAUUGAUCAGAGCAGGAGUUGACAAUAUUCUCCACCCUCUGCAAAAGAAGGCCGCCAACCCAAUAAUUGGUGCAGUGUAGUUCACAUGGCUGCAAUCAGCAAGCAAUUAACUGUAUUUCACCGUUUAUGUUUCCAUUGGAAGAAAAAAAAUUAGAUGAAUAAGAGGUCACGGGUGAGAAAGUUUGGAGCAUAAUUAUGUAUCCAUGAGCCAAAAACUGAUUAAUUCUCUUGAUACCUCCUCCAAUACAUGUGGCUUAAUUCUUGCUC